AUGCUCCCCAAAUUUACACACCAAGCAAAAUAUAUUCCCAUCAAAUUAAAACACACACUUUUUAGAAACUUUUUCCCCUUUAUCUUCUCUAACAAAACGUUUUUUUUUUUUUUUUAUUUUCUCCUUUUUCUAAUGUUUUUUGGAUAAACUUCUACUCCAGCUAGAAAAUAGCCAAUUUGAGCUCACCCAUAACCUAAUCAAUUACAUUAUAUAUAUAUUAUCACAACACAAAUAGAUAAAUAAAGCGAAAUUGAGAUUUUGGAAAAAAGGGAAAAAAAUAAAAAGUGAAGAUUAGAGAGAGAAAGUAAGAGAGAGAAACACAAAACACAAAACACAAAAAAUAUAAGGGACAAUGAGCGUUUGCAGGAAUAGUGUGAACUCAUUCAUAGGCCUUCCUCCUGUGUUGGAGGAAGACCACUUCUCUCAAGCAUUUCAUCAAACACUUGGUGUUCCUUCACCACCUUCAUCUCCACCCUAUUUUCCACCCAAUUAUCUCAAUCUCACCCUUAAUCCACUUAAACCCAUCAAAGUCCUUGACCCCCUCACCACUUCUCCGGCGGUUUCCGCCGGAGAUCUCGCCGGAGAUUCCAGAAAUUCCGGUCAUAUUGACCUUAUGUCGUGCACAGAAAGUCUUGGGUUCGAAAGUUCCGAAGAGAUGAUGUCUAGUUUAGACGAUCUGGGUAGUUUUGAAAGUUGCAAUUCUCGUAGAAAUAAUGGAGGAUUAUCAUCAUCAUCAUCGUCGAGUUUUUUCUUGAGGAGGAGAGAGAAAAGGGUGUCGAGUUUAUUGGAGGAGAAGAAUUUUCCGCCACCAUUAACGAGUUUAAGUGAGAAUGGAAGGAGAAAUUUUACACUUAAAUCAAUGAGAAAUAAUGGAAGAUUACAAAUUGUUGGGGUUAUGACUGAACACCCAGAAAUUCUUUAUGCUUCUCGUGAUAAUGGACGCCUCAGAUUACAUCUUGUCAAAGAUGUAAAUCAUCAUCAUCAUCAUCAUGAUCAUCACGAUAAUCAUGAUGAAAAAGAAAAAAACACAGAGGAGAGAGAAAAAGAAGAAGAGAGAGAAAAAACAGAGGAAGAAAAUCAAGAAGAUGACGUGGCGGAGGAUGAUGAUGAUGAUGAGGAAGAAGAAGAAGAGGAGGAGAGAGAGUGGAAGAAUCCGACGGUGGGGAGGUUACGACGGUGGUGUUAUUACCACCGUCCGAUGCACGUGUGGGGUCCACAACAACAACAAAAUACUAGAUAUGUGACGACUAUAUGAGUUUAUGGUGGGUACGCGUUGCAGAGGAUUAGAUCAGGUUAAAGGGAUUUGAUUUUUUACAUUAUUAUUUUUUUCCGAAAAUAGAAAUAUUGUUUAUUAUAUUGGUGAGAAUUGAGAAAGAGUUAGUUGGCGGGAGAACGACGCGUUUUGACCCGCUGAUUUUUGGCGGUAAAAAUGUUGGUUGUGUUUCAACUAGGGCUGGCAAAAGCUGACACGACACGAUAACACGACACGAACACGACCUGAAAAAACCGGGUUAGGGUUGAGAUUUUCGACACGAAAAGUUAAAUGGGUCGACACGAACACGACCUGAAAGUUAAAUGGGUUAGGUUAAGGUUGAAUUUUCUAACACGAAACCAACCUGAAUUGACCUGAAAAUAUAAAAGCCCAAAAAAAAUCGAAAAAUAAAUACCAGAAUUUUAAUUAGGCCCAAAUACCUACUAACAAACUUUAAGCCCAACCCUAAAAUAAACCCUAAAAUUCAUUUAGAUUAGGUUGAUGCUCGCCGCUUUCUCUAACUCUCUCAUUUCACUGUUUCACUUUCAACUUCGAACUCACUCUCUCUCUCUUCUCUCUUCUCUCAAAAAAAUCAGAAAAAAUAAAAAUCAAAAUCGAAAAAUCAAAAUAAAAUUACGAGAAGAUUGUACAACAAUUCAGACAAACGUUGAGAAGCGUAAGAGCCUAAGAGUAUCAUCAUUUCAAUGACAUGCACUGGUGUUACAUUUCGAUCGACUAUUAUUUGUGUUACUGCACACAUGUGCUAGUAUAUACCAGAAUUUUAGCCCAAGGAUGAAUUGUGAGUUUGUGACUAUUGUGAAAAGUAAAAUUUCGAUUUGUGCACUCUCUUAAAGACCUGACAAGAAUUGCUUUCUUUCAAAUGAUUUGUUUGGCUACAAACUCAAAUACGGCUUAAGUUUUGUAUCUAGAGUUCAUGGAUGUUUAUAAUUUUUGUUGGUUGAUUCUCUAGUGACAAGUUUAAUUAUUGCCUGUGAUUAUGUGUAGUAGUUGUUAUUUUGUAUUGUGCCUGUAGUAAACGUUGAUUUGUGAAGAGAACUUUCUUAGAUUUGUUAUUAUAUAUUCUGUAAAUACAAGUAAUUAAUCCUAGAUUUCAGAACAUCAAAUGCUAAUUUGUGACUUUAUUAUCUAAGUAUAAGCUAAUUAUAGUUUAUUUAUCUUA